AACAUCACGAGUGUGGCUGCUGCAGCUGUGCUACAAAUACAGCACAUGGUCGCUGCUUGGAACCACGCGUAGAUAGACAACCACCACCACCGCUGCUGCUGCUGGGCCUCAGCUACACUCUCGAGUUUUUCUCUGAAAAAAACCCAAGAAAGAAUAUUCUCAGCUUUUUCUACUCAGAGCUGCAACGGCUUCUCUUUUGGAACCGUUAAAUGUAAAACUCAGUCGCCAUUUGUCUUUGUACGAAACUGCGAGCGAGCUUUAAAUUGUGAGUUUGUGGACUUAAAAGGAAAACAGUAGUUGUCCCCGCACUCCUCCUUCAGCAGCUACACAGAAGCUAACAUGUCGACCGGCACGAAGCAAGUGAAAAGCUGCCCCAUCCCCACCAGAGUGCUCACCCUGAAGGACUGGUCCCAGCUACCCGACUGUUACAGUCAGACACCCGGGGGAACUCUGUUCUCCACCACGCCAGGAGGUACCCGCAUCAUCUAUGACAGGAAGUUUCUGUUGGAUUGUCGAAACUCCCCUAUUGCCCGAACCCCCCCAUGCUGUCUGCCCCAAAUCCCGGGGGUAACAGUACCUGCGUCACACCCCAUGGGGAAAUUGCAGGAUCUCAAAGAGGAGGUUGAGGAGGAAGAAAAAGACAUUGCAGAUGACAACCAGUUUGAGAUGGACAUCUGAGCUGCAGUAUUACCUCCUGUGGAGAGUUAUUGGUUAAAACACCACCAAGGUCAUUGAAGACCGUAAUGCAUUAUACACAUUAAGCUUUUUUUUCCCACCCUUUUUUUUUUUUAAUAAAAGCUUGAGGGGAACCAAAGAGAAAGUAAGUUAGAUUGCAGUAGGGUGUUUUGACCCUACAUGAAAUGAGUUGAUUGGUUGCUCACUCACUUUGGAGCUGUGGCAGGAUUGAAAAAAUCCAUUUUGAUUUAACUUUUUUUAUCUUUUGUAAAUAAGCAAAUUAACUAUGUAGCCUAUUUUUUAAGUUGGGGACAGUAAGAUGAUUACAUUAAGACAUGUAAAGUGGGGUUUUUCACUGCAGGCAUCAGUUUUGUUAUAUUUCCCUCCCAAUAACGAAGGUCAACUGACUUUGUGAUGGGCAAACAAUUGUCUCCUAAUACUGGGAGUUUUUGGCCCAUGGAAAAAAAGAUCAGCUUUUGUAUGGAGGGAGGAAUGAAAUGUGAAUAAUUUCAAAUUUAAUAAAAACAUUUCAGUCAUGAA